ACACGAAAGAAAUCACCGACGACCGCCGAUAUAAACUCCCGUGCAAUGUCUCCCACCCCAAUUCCCGCCCCCCCCCCCCCGCUCUCUCUCUCUCUCUCUCUCUCUCCCUCCUUUAAGCCUCAAGAUUCGCAGUGCUUCAAGCUGCCGUUACAGCACACAUCUCACUGCACGCGUUUCUCUCUCUCGAUGCCCUCAACCUGUUCUUUUGUAAAGUUUUAUUGCGCUGAAACUCAAUAACCCACAUUAGAACUGUAUUGGGUAUAGCAGAUCUGAUACAAAGAUUUGUGGAAAUGGACUUGUUUGAUAAAUUUAAGAUCUGGGUUUCGUUCAUUUUCUUGAUAUCUCAAUUGGGUCAUGGCUUUUACCUCCCUGGUAGUUACCCUCACAAAUAUGGGGUAGGGGAUACCUUGUCUGUGAAAGUGAAUUCACUGACUUCAAUUGAGACUGAAAUCCCCUAUAGCUAUUACAGUUUGCCCUUCUGUAAGCCCCAGGAGGGUGUGAAGGACAGCGCCGAAAACCUCGGUGAGCUCCUCAUGGGUGAUAGGAUUGAGAAUUCGCCUUACCGGUUUAAGAUGUACACGAAUGAGACACAGAUCUUUCUAUGCAAAACCAAGUCGUUAUCUUCCGAUGAGUUUGAGAUGUUGAAGAAGAGGAUUGAUGACAUGUAUCAAGUCAAUUUGAUUCUUGACAACUUGCCCGCUAUUAGGUUUACCAAGAAAGAUGGUUUUGUGAUACGUUGGACAGGGUACCCUGUGGGAGUUAAGGUUCAAGAUUUGUAUUACGUGUUUAACCAUUUGAAACUCACUGUUCUUGUUCACAAAUAUGAGGAGCCCAACGUGGCCCAUGUGAUGGGUACUGGGGAUGCUGUGGAGAUGAUCCCAACAGUUGACUCUGGAUCAGAGGUCCCAGGUUAUAUGGUAGUUGGGUUUGAGGUGACCCCUUGUAGUUUCCAACACAAGUCCGGAUCUUUGAAAGAUUUGGAAAAAAUGUACCAUAGAUACCCCUCUGCAAUUGAGUGUGAUCCGAGCGCUGUGGGUAUGUCUAUCAAGGAAGGUGAGCCGAUAGCCUUUACUUAUGAUGUCACAUUUGUGGAGAGUGAUAUCAAAUGGCCGUCAAGAUGGGAUGCUUAUCUAAAAAUGGAAGGAGCAAAAGUCCACUGGUUCUCGAUUCUUAACUCUCUUAUGGUGAUUACCUUCUUGGCUGGAAUUGUCCUUGUGAUCUUCCUGAGGACAGUUAGGCGUGACUUGACCCGUUAUGAGGAGGUCGACAAGGAGGCUCAAGCCCAAAUGAAUGAGGAGUUAUCCGGGUGGAAACUCGUCGUUGGUGAUGUUUUCCGCUCUCCAACCUAUCCUUCACUUCUAUGCGUAAUGGUUGGAAAUGGGGUCCAGAUUCUUGGGAUGGCUGUUGUGACAAUACUGUUUGCAGCCCUUGGAUUCAUGUCGCCAGCUUCUCGUGGGACCCUGCUUACAGGUAUGGUGAUUUUGUACAUGUUUCUUGGAAUUGCAGCCGGUUAUGUCUCCGUUCGCCUUUGGAGGACAAUUGGGUGUGGUGACAAGAAAGGAUGGGCUUCAGUUUCUUGGAAAGCUGCUUGUUUCUUCCCUGGUAUCGCUUUCCUCAUUCUAACCACUUUGAAUUUCUUAUUGUGGCAUAGUAACAGCACCGGUGCCAUUCCUUUCUCUCUCUUUGUCAUUCUCAUUUUGCUUUGGUUUUGCAUCUCGGUUCCACUUACCUUAGUUGGUGGAUACUUUGGUGCAAAGGCACCUCAUAUUGAGUUCCCAGUUCGAACCAACCAGAUCCCUAGAGAAAUCCCACCUCAAAAAUACCCAUCUUGGCUUUUAGUACUUGGGGCCGGAACUCUUCCAUUUGGUACACUUUUCAUCGAGCUGUUCUUCAUCAUGUCCAGUAUUUGGAUGGGACGCGUAUACUAUGUGUUUGGAUUUCUGUUCGUCGUUUUGAUCCUUCUUGUGGUGGUUUGUGCGGAGGUUUCUCUUGUUCUGACCUAUAUGCAUAUUUGCGUGGAGGACUAUAAAUGGUGGUGGAAGUCUUUCUUUGCUUCUGGUUCGGUUGCCAUAUAUAUCUUCUUCUACUCCGUGAACUAUCUCAUAUUUGAUCUGAAGAGUUUGAGUGGACCCGUUUCUGCCACUCUUUACUUGGGGUACUCGCUUUUCAUGGUUUUAGCUAUUAUGCUCGCAACUGGGACAGUUGGAUUCCUUUCUUCAUUCUGGUUUGUGCAUUACUUGUUCUCUUCAGUGAAGCUGGAUUAGAAGAAGAGCAGCAAGUAGGUUGAUACAGUCAACCUACAGUCAUGGGGCUGAACACAACUUCUAAUAGUUCUUUCGUAUGUUUCGAGUCUUUGUUAGUUGCUAGGAAACUUGUCUAAGAUAAUAAGAAUAAUCUUGUUCAAUUUUGCUUCCUUCAUAUUUAGUUGCUUAAUAUCGAUAUGUAUUUGUACUGCGUUACCGAGAAUGAGAAUGUUUUUUUUUUUUUUUGGCCAA